AUUCAAAACUAUGGUUUAAAUAUCUGCAAGCAGAAAAAUGAUAUGGAGUGGCUUCCUGUGAAGUUUAAUAUCCUUACCUUGAGCUUGGUUCAAGAAAUCCAAGUAAUACAGCAAUGUUCUACUAAAUGCAGCAACAGAGUUGACUUGCUAGAGGCAAUGGAACAGUCAAGUAUUGCAGAAAUUUCAGCUAUUUACAAACUGUUUGCUGACCACUUUCUUUUCAUAUUGGAUGAAAUGGUCUCUUUUGCCAACUUGUCUUGCUCCAUAUUCUGGUCCAAUUCUGCAAUGGAGGACACAGUUCUUCCUAGUUCUGUAAGAGGAAGACUAGGAGGUCCUAGUCAACGUCGGUUGUCAAAUUCCAUGACAACUGCUGUGUUACAAACCGUGACGUCCAUAAAAGCUGUUGCGACAAUGUCAUUAUUGUGUGCACAAUGUCAAAGUGACAUUUUGCUAAAUUCUUUAACAUUUUUGUGGAAGUUCUUCUGGAAGGCUACUGGUUCUCCAACUUGUGAUUCUGAAAAUCACAAGUUGGAGAACCAGUAGCCUUCCAGAAGAACUUCCACAAAAAUGUUAAAGAAUUUAGCAAAAUGUCACUUUGACAUUGUGCACACAAUAAUGACAUUGUCGCAACAGCUUUUAUGGACGUCACCUGUUUAUUCAUAAAGAGAUAACCAGCAAUUAAAGUGGCUAAGUAAAU